AUGACAACAGCGAGUGACGAGCCAGAUCCCAAGAUGUCACGACUGCUGAAGCUCGCGCAGAGAUUCAACUGUUUCUAUCUGAACGGUUUCAUGAGAGGUGACUGUCGUCCUUUCGUUGUCGAUGGCCAUCAGGUCGGGCUGGUCAGCCAAAAUGUGAUCGAGCAGCUACUCAAGUAUCCUGAAGUGUUUCACAUCCGUGCACCGGAACAUGGCAAACAGAACAUUGUUGAAUUGAAUCCCGCUUUUCGGGAUUACAACACACGAUCGCAGCACGUCGACCGAAUACUCCGCGAGUUCCGAGAGCAGGGAAUGUUUGUGGCCCUUAAGGGCUGGCGCGACGAGUGCUACGACGUGAAGUCGUCCUCGGGUUCCCUGCUCAAGAUGGAUCGGUCAGCGACGUGCCUUUUUGGCGUGCGCAAUUACGGUGUCGAAAUCAACGGGUACGUGCGCCACCCGACGAAGGGCCUUUGCAUCUGGCUUCAACAGCGCUCAGACACCAAACAGACAUGGCCCGGCAAAUGGGACAAUAUGGUGAGCGGUGGGCUGGCGGUUGGCUAUGGUGUGCACGAGACGGCUGUCAAGGAGGCGGCCGAGGAGGCCUCGAUACCGGGUCACCUGAUAAAAAAUCUCGUAUCAGCCGGAUGCGUGUCGUUCUUUUUCGAAAGCGAGCGGGGCCUGUUUCCGAACACGGAGUUUGUGUACGAUCUAGAGCUACCGGAAGACUUUGUGCCUGACAAUUCGGAUGGUGAGGUGCAGAACUUUCAGCUUUUACCGGCCAACGAAUGCCUCGAGCGAGUGUUCAUGCCCGAUUUCAAGACCACCAGCUGCCCGGUGGUGAUCGAUUUUCUCAUCCGUCAUGGUAUUAUUACUCCUGAAAACGAAAUGAACUUCACCCAGGUCAUUGAAAUGCUCCACGUGCCGCUGCAGAGCUUGUAUACCUACCGAACGCCAAAUAGUGAAGCGACAAACGCUACCGUGACAACGCCGGCAACGGAAGUAUCGACGAAUCGACGGGAUCUCAAAAGCAGUAACAAUAACAGUAUCGAAAAUGGUAAGCUCUAA